AGGAGCUGAAGGUGCAGUUGGUCCACCAGGUAAACAGGGAGUGCAAGGUGUGAUGGGUCGUGCAGGUGCACCCGGACCUCAAGGUCCUCCAGGGAAAAGUGGAAUGAUGGUAUGAGACAACACAUUGAAUGGACACACAUUUUGCAUUUGUAAUUUGUAAUUGUAUUUGAUGUGAAUGGAGGGUCCACCGGGACCCAGAGGUCCUCCAGGACAAACGGGAGGACGUGGAGAGAAGGUGCCAUCCAAUGUUGAGUGAAAAUUCAAUCAAUUUUAAUGAUUUGUGUUGUCACUUUAUGUACGGGGGAACGAGGAGUGGAGGGUCCAAGAGGUUUGGCUGGAUUAGAUGGCAUUCCGGGUGCUGCAGGUCCCAUCGGACCCGUAGGAUCACGCGGACCAUUAGGAGUGAAAGGUGAUCGUGGAUUACCUGGAGCAAAGGGAGAAGCCGGACCACAAGGUCGUUCUGGUCCAGAGAUGAGUGAAGAUGUGUUGAAACGCUAUUUUUCUCCAGUCAAGGGACUGGCAGAGAGGAUGAAAGAACUGGAGGAUUGGAAAGAAGAGUGGACAAAGAAUGAGAGUAGAGUGACUGUUGCAGCACAUCUUGUAGGAUCAUCAGCCAGUUGGUAUACUAUAUCAGGUGUGAUAACCUACUGGCUAACAAGCAGUCCAUCAUUCUUACUGGGUGCCAUCACAUACAGCAAUGGAGCUCUUACAAUUCCUUCUGAUGGUGUUUACUAUAUUUAUACACAUCUCCACUUAAAUGGCAAUAGAGGCAUUUCACCUUACAUCAGAGUAAAUGGCAAUCUUGUUUUGUACAUUAUAAGCUACCAUUAUCAUGGUGAAAGCAAAUCCAAGCACGCUGGUCUACUUCAGCAGCUGAAAAAAGGUGAUAGCGUUGACAUAUAUGGUGGAGGAUAUCAACACUUCAUGCGCUCUACUGACUCAGUUUUUGGUAUUUUUAAGAUCAACUAGAAGCAUGUUGUUGAGAAUGAGAAUGUCAAUUAAUUAAGUGAUAAGUGUGAGUGUCAAAUGACUCUCCAUGUGAUCAUGUUUAAUAGUAAUUGUAGUUGUGACUGUGUAUGUUGGACUGUAGUGUGACCAUUCAACCCUAAUUUUUGUUUGUUGUUUAUUUCUGUUUAGUUCCAUUUCUAUAUUAUUAGCAAUAAAUGUUCAUUGA